UCCCGGGACCUGUACCUGCUGCUCCGGAGAGAUGGCCGCUUCCUGGCGCCGCGCUUCGCGGUGGAGCAGCGGCCGAGUCCGGGCCCCGUCCCGACGCUGGCAGCAGCGGCCCGGCGCCCUCCGGCGCCGCCCGAUGCCUCCUGCUUCUACACCGGGGCGGUGCUGCAGCACCCUGGCUCGCUGGCCUCUUUCAGCACCUGUGGAGGUGGCCUGAUGGGAUUUAUACAGCUCAAUGAGGACUUCAUAUUUAUUGAACCACUCAAUGAUACAAUGGCCAUAACGGGUCAUCCACACCGUGUAUAUAGGCAGAAAAGGUCCAUGGAGGAAAAAGUCACAGAGAAGUCAGCUCCUCACAGUCAUUACUGUGGUAUCAUUUCAGACAAAGGAAGACCUAGAUCUAAAAAAAUAACAGAAAGUGGAAGAGGGAAACGAUAUUCAUACAAAUUACCUCAAGAAUACAACAUAGAGACUGUAGUGGUUGCAGACCCAGCAAUGGUUUCCUAUCAUGGAGCAGAUGCAGCCAGGAGAUUCAUUCUAACCAUCUUAAAUAUGGUUUUUAACCUUUUCCAACACAAGAGUCUUGGUGUGCAGGUCAAUCUUCGUGUGAUAAAGCUUAUUCUGCUCCAUGAAACUCCAGCAGACCUAUAUAUUGGGCACCAUGGAGAGAAAAUGCUAGAGAGUUUUUGCAAGUGGCAGCAUGAAGAAUUUGGCAAAAAGAAUGAUAUACAUUUAGAGAUGUCUACAAGCUGGGGAGAGGACAUGACUUCAGUGGAUGCAGCUAUACUUAUAACAAGGAAAGAUUUCUGUGUUCACAAAGAUGAACCAUGUGAUACAGUUGGUAUAGCUUAUUUGAGUGGAAUGUGUAGUGAAAAGAGAAAAUGUAUUAUUGCUGAAGACAAUGGCUUGAAUCUUGCAUUUACAAUUGCUCAUGAAAUGGGUCACAACAUGGGCAUUAAUCAUGACAAUGACCACCCAUCAUGUGCUGAUGGUCUUCAUAUCAUGUCUGGUGAAUGGAUUAAAGGACAAAAUCUUGGUGAUGUUUCAUGGUCCCGAUGUAGCAAGGAAGAUUUGGAAAGAUUUCUAAGGUCAAAGGCCAGUAGCUGCUUGCUACAGACAAAUCCCCAGAGUGUCAAUUCCGUGAUGGUUCCUUCCAAGUUGCCAGGGAUGACCUACACUGCUGAUGAGCAAUGUCAGAUUCUCUUUGGGCCAUUGGCUUCCUUUUGUCAAGAGAUGCAGCAUCUUAUUUGCACAGGGUUGUGGUGCAAGGUAGAGGGUGAGAAAGAAUGCAGAACCAAGCUUGAUCCACCCAUGGAUGGAACGGACUGUGACGCUGGUAAGUGGUGUAAGGCUGGAGAAUGUACCACCAGGACCUCAGCACCUGGACAUGUGGCCGGAGAGUGGAGCAUGUGGAGUCCCUGUAGCCGAACCUGCAGUUCUGGGAUCAGCAGUCGAGAGCGCAUAUGUCCUGGGCUAGGUUCUGAAGCAAGGGAUUGUAAUGGUCCCAGAAAACAAUACAGAAUAUGUGAGAAUCCACCUUGUCCUGCAGGUUUGCCUGGAUUCAGAGACUGGCAAUGUCAGGCCUAUAGUGUUAGAACUUCAUACCCAAAGCAUGGUCUUCAGUGGCAAGCUGUCAUGGAUGAAGAAAAACCAUGUGCCUUGUUUUGCUCUCCUGUUGGGAAAGAACAGCCUAUCCUUCUAUCAGAAAAAGUAAUGGAUGGAACUUCAUGUGGAUAUCAGGGAUUAGAUGUCUGUGCAAAUGGCAGGUGUCAGAAGGUUGGCUGUGAUGGUUUUUUAGGGUCCCUUGCAAGGGAAGAUCACUGUGGUGUAUGCAAUGGCAAUGGAAAAUCAUGCAAAAUUAUUAAAGGAGAUUUUAAUCACACCAGAGGAGCAGGUUAUGUAGAAGUGCUGGUGAUACCUGCUGGAGCAAGAAGAAUCAAAGUUGUGGAGGAAAAGCCGGCACAUAGCUAUUUAGCUCUACGCGACACUGGAAAGCAGUCUAUUAAUAGUGACUGGAAGAUUGAACACUCGGGAGCAUUCAACUUAGCGGGCACUACUGUUCAUUAUGUAAGACGAGGCCUCUGGGAGAAGAUCUCCGCCAAAGGUCCUACCACAUCACCUCUACACCUCCUGGUGCUGCUAUUUCAAGACCAAAAUUAUGGUCUUCACUAUGAAUAUACUAUCCCGUCGGACCCUCUUCCAGAGAAUCAGAGCUCAAAAGCACCCGAACCCCUUUUCAUGUGGACGCACACAGGCUGGGAAGAUUGUGAUGCCACGUGUGGAGGAGGAGAAAGGAAGACAACAGUGUCUUGCACAAAAAUCAUGAACAAAAACAUCAGCAUUGUGGACAACAAGAAAUGCAAAUACCUAACCAAGCCUGAGGCACAGAUUCGCAAGUGUAAUGAGCAACCAUGCCAAACAAGAUGGAUGAUGACGGAAUGGACCCCCUGUUCACGAACUUGUGGAAAAGGGAUGCAGAGCAGACAGGUGGCCUGUACCCAACAGUUGAGCAAUGGGACUCUGAUCAGAGCCCGGGAGAGGGACUGCUCCGGGCCUAAGCCUGCCUCCACCCAGCGCUGUGAGGGUCAGGACUGCAUGACCGUAUGGGAGGCAGGAGUGUGGUCUGAGUGUUCGGUCAAGUGUGGCAAAGGCGUACGUCACCGGACCGUGAGGUGUACGAACCCUAGGAAGAAAUGUGUCCUCUCCACCAGACCCAGGGAGGCUGAAGAUUGUGAGGAUUACUCAAAAUGCUAUGUGUGGCGAAUGGGUGAUUGGUCUAAGUGCUCAAUUACCUGUGGCAAAGGAAUGCAGUCCCGUGUUAUUCAGUGCAUGCAUAAGAUCACAGGAAGACAUGGAAAUGAAUGUUUUUCUUCAGAGAAACCUGCAGCAUACAGGCCAUGCCACCUUCAGCCUUGCAAUGAGAAGAUUAAUGUAAAUACCAUAACGUCACCCCGGCUGGCUGCGCUGACUUUCAAGUGCCUGGGAGACCAGUGGCCUGUGUACUGCCGAGUGAUACGUGAGAAGAACCUAUGUCAGGACAUGCGCUGGUAUCAGCGCUGCUGUGAGACGUGCAGGGACUUCUAUGCCCAAAAACUGCAGCAGAAGAGUUGA